AUGGCUACCGCCUUAUCUACGCGCUGGCUCCAGCGUCGCAGCUCGUUAUGUCCCGAUUUCUGUCGGAGCUUCACCAGCGCUCCGCCGCUCUGCGCCGGACAUAACCGCUGGUCCCAGAUCAAACAUCACAAGGCAAAAAAUGACAAGGCAAAAAGCAAGGAACGCCAGAUCAUCGGAAAGGAAAUCAGCAGUGCAACCCAAAUGUGGGGACCGGACACCAAGUUCAACCCGCGCCUGACCCUCGCCCUCUCGAACGCAAAGCGCGCCGGAAUCCCCAAUGCCGUUAUUGAAGCAGCAAUCGCAAGAGGACAGGGAAUUAGCGUUACGGGUGAAGCGCUCGAAUCAGUGACGAUAGAAGCAAUGCUGCCCAAUUCCGUCGCCGCCGUCAUCGAAUGUCAGACCGACCAGAAAGCCCGUCUGCUGCAGGAUGUCCGACAUGUGAUCAAGGAUUGCGGGGGAACUGUCACCCCUACCACAUAUCUCUUUCAGAAGAAAGGACGCGUGCUCUUCGAGAAGAAGGAGGGUCUGAAUCCGGACGACUACCUUGACCAAGCCAUUGAGGCGGGCGCUACCGACAUCACUACGGACGAAGAAGGCCGUCUACUAGUGUUCACGGAGCCGAACGAAACAAAGAGCGUUGGCGAAUCUUUGGCAAAGACGUCCGGUCUCACAAUCCAAGAACUAGAGAUUAUCUGGGAUCCCAAUCCAGACACAUUGGUCGAGGUCAAGGAUGAAGAGCACAUCAAAGACCUCGAGGACAUACUGAGUGCCAUUCGCGAGGAGUCCGGUGUGCGGGACAUUUAUUUGAACACUACCAGGGAUUUCUCAUAA